GGGUGAGCCAUGGUGAAUUGAACCGUAAUCUUCCCCCAAUACGCUUCCAACAAGCAAUACUCCUUGACUCCAUUUCCAACUGCCGCGCGUUGCCGCCUCACGAUCCUGGUAAAGCUUAUACUGUCGGCCGCAAGGGGUAGGAAGCAAUCCUACUCGCCUAAGGCCAUACCUGUACAUGAAACUAUCGAAGCCGUUAAGCCCAAAGGAGGCUUUCUAUUGUGGUGGGAAGCUACCGCCGGGGCGUCUCCCCUUCGGGAGAAGAUGGGACGGGGAUGCAUAUUCUAACCAGUACAAUGCUGGAUUCGGCAUACUUACAAUGUCCAUUGCCACUCUGUUCCGUCUACGGAAGUAGUAUACAAAUGCGAAUUGCCACUCUCUUCCCGUCUACGGAAGCAUAUGAAACGCAGAUCUGGCUACCUGAUGGUGAACCAGAUUCCGUGCCUGAGCAACAAAAACAGAACAAAACAAGGCAAAAGUCGAAGCAAAUCAGCGCAGGGAUCAAGGUUACAUAUUACAUACAUACAUUCGCAAACGCACACUGAUAAACGCAACUUGACUGCUGCCUUAUCCGAAACUGCAGAAUGGCUAAAAAAAAAAAAAAAAAAAAAAAAAAAUGAUUUUUCGACAACGUCCAUGGAUGCCCAUUGGGCUGCCACUGCCUUUGGCUCUUUGGCUCGGCAAACAACUCACACACACGCACACACAUACAUGGAGUGGCGUCCCAUUUCGACCAGGGUAUUCUCACCGAGUCGGUGGAUUGCCGACGCCCUACUGGCCCGGGCUUUGCCUUGGGCUUUGCCUUGGGCUUUUUGUUCUGGCCUCUUUGUCGCCUCAAGAGACCUGUCAGUUUGUGACUUGUUGCCCAGCUUGGGGUUGCACGGAGAUGAGUCUGGGCCACACCCGUUUUUUUUCUUGUUACGUGCUGCUGUAGUGUAAGAGCAGGUGGGUUGUACUGCUAAGAUGGUGGUAGUAAUGGUUACUCGUACUUCUCAGGUGAGGUACUAAAUGUGAGAGAGUGUGAAUGAAUUGUCAACGACAACGAGGUCUCAGACAAGGGGGCCAUGUGAGG